AUGCAAUAAUUGUACAGUUAUUGAAAUUAUUUAGUGUCGAAAUGAAGGCUGCGACUUGGCAAAAAGAUUCUCAUGGUUUAUUUGAUUAUGAAACUCAACUUCUCACAAUUGAAAAGUAUAUCAUAAUGUAAGAGAAAAAGGUUUACCGAUUGGGUAUAAUUAUACAAAUAAUAUUAAAUAGGUUAAGAGAUUAGUACACAUUCUCCAGAAACUGAAUAACUAGAGUCUCAAUAAUAUUUAACUGCAGUUAAAGAACAAAAUAAUAAGUUUUAUAUCAACCCUAGUGGAUGUGAUGAAAAUGAAAAUUUUUUAAUAGUUAGAAGUUUAAAAAAUAGUUAAGGAGGAUAGAAAGUAUUAGUUGAUAAUUAAAAUGAAAGGGAUAUAAAAUGGAACCUGGAGACAUAAUAAAAUUAGGAAGAAUGGAAUACUUGAUAAUAGAAACAAGGAAUAAGGAUAACUUAGUUAAUAAAGCUACAAAUGAAAUGUUAAAAGUAUAACUUGAAUAAAAAGUCAGGAUUGGUUUGAAAUAACUGCUUCCUAUGUUACAAAUACUUAAGCAAUCUGUCGAUUUUGCUUAAUGGAGACAUAGUCUAUAGAAGAUCCCUUCAUUUCUCCAUGUAAUUGUAAAGGAAGCUGUGAGUUUGUUCAUUUCAGUUGUAUGAGACAAUGGAUAGAGAGUAGAUGCCAAAUAAAAUAGUUAAAUAGUGCACAAUCAUAUAGAUGGAAAUAGUAUUUAAUAUUAACAUUUUAGACAAUAAUGUGAACUUUGUGAAUCUAUAUUACCUUUGAAAAUAAAUAUGGAAGACAGAGAACUUUCUUUGGAUUUAAUAUAGCGUCCUUCAACACCAUAUUUAAUAAUGCAAUCAAGACAUAAAAAAGAGAAGAAACAUGGUAAAGCUGUAUAUGUCAUUUAAUUUUAAAAUAAUGAACCUAUUAAAAUAGUAAAUAUAUAAUUUAUAUUAUAGGGAAGAGGUCAUCAAUGUGAUAUAUAAAUAUCAGAUAUUUCAGUAUCUAGAUUACAUGCUUACAUAAAAUAUGAGGAUGGUAACUUCAUGAUUCUUGACAAUAAUAGUAAGUUUGGAACAUUAGUAAGAUUAUUCUAACCAUAUAAAAUAGAGUAAGAGAAGGUUGCUUUAUAAGUAAUAUUAGUAUUGAAUUUUAGGUUGGACGCACAGUCUUGACUUUUGUAGUAAAACAGCAACAGUCUAUUGAAGAUAAAAAUUGA